AUGUCGCCAGGCAGCUUCAAAAAGCCUCUCUUGGCUCUGAAUCGCCUCAUCGGCCACCAGUCGGCAAAGAAUCACAUGACCAAGCCCAAAAUUGGCAACAUUGCUGCUCUUGACAGUGAACGCGAGGAGAAGAAAUUGAAGAAGGCCCUUGAGCAACGCGUCAAGCAAGACGAAAAGGAGGAGGAGCGACGUUCUUUUCAACAGCGCCGCAAAGAGGAGGAAGAACGCGCCCUUUCUACCGACCCCCCUGAGAUUGCGGCGCGAUAUGGCACCAAGACUAGCGAUGUUCUGGUGGAAACCGACUCCGUGCAGCGCCUUGCCGCCAACCCCGAUAAUGCCGGCAAACAGAUCGAGUUCAUCGCGAGAAUACACCACACACGUUCCCUCAGCUCCAAGCUAGCCUUCAUUGUGUUCCGCGAACAGAUUGAGACGAUACAAGGUGUGGUAGCCUACAAGGAGGGCCACAUCACCGAAAACUUUGUUCGAUGGGCCGAGCAUCUGAUGACUGAGAGUCAUGUCCACGUCAAGGGCACACUGCAGAGGCCACCAGAGGAGGUCAAGGGGUGCUCCAUCCACGACCUCGAGGUGCUUGUUGAGAGCAUGCACCUGGUUGUUCCUGUGAAGGAACACUUGCCAGUUGAUGUCUUCUCCAUCGACCAUGUUGAGAUGGACGAGGAGUCUCACCAGCUCGAAUCCUUGGCCUCCACCAGAGUCAGAGUAGCCAACCGUCUCGCCUACCUCAGAACACCUACCGCCCAGUCCAUCUUCCGCAUCAACAGCGGCAUCUGCAGCAUCUUUCGUUCGGUGCUCGAGGGCCAUGGCUUCAUCGAGAUUCACACACCCAAGCUCAUGCCUGCCGCCACAGAGUCGGGCGCUGAGGUCUUCAAGGUUAACUAUUUUGGACGCACUGCCUUCCUGGCCCAGAGCCCGCAGCUCUCCAAGCAGCUGAGCAUCUCGGCAGACUUUGGCCGCGUGUUUGAGAUUGGCCCCGUGUUCCGUGCCGAAGACAGCAACACGCAUCGCCAUCUGACGGAGUACACUGGGUUGGAUUUGGAGAUGGCCAUCAACAGUGACUACCACGAAGCCUUGAACAUUAUCGACGACAUGAUGAAGAGCAUCUUCAAGGGUAUCUACACGCGUUUCCGCAGAGAGAUUGAGACCAUCAAGACUAGGUUCCCCCAUGAGGAUCUCGUCUGGCUGGAGAAGACCCCAGUUUUUACCUUCAAGGAGGCCAUCGCUUUGUUGAACGAGUCCGGCUGGACCGACGACCAUGGAAAGCCGGCUUCCGAGCUUGAAGACCUCAGCACGCGCGCUGAGAUCCGUCUUGGCGAGGUCAUCAAGAAGAAGUAUAAUACCGAUUAUUACAUCAUCGACAAGUUCCCUGCUUCUGUCCGCCCCUUUUACACCCAUCCCGACGAAGAGGACCCGCGGUUCACCAACUCAUUCGACAUAUUCCUGCGCGGUCAGGAGAUUACGACCGGUGGACAGCGCAUCCACAAGCCGGAUGUCCUCGUCGAGCGCAUGAAGAAGGCGGGCAUUGAGCCAUUUGGCAUGCAGGAGUACCUCCAGGGCUUCGAGUAUGGCGUGCUCCCUCACGCAGGCUGCGGUAUCGGUCUUGAGCGCAUCAUCUUCCUGAUGCUCAGCCUGGGAGACAUCCGCAACGCCUCGCUCUUCCCCCGCGAUCCCAAGUCACUUCCUGAGCAAAAGGCUGAAGUUGUGCGCCUUCCUCACCCCGAAGCCGACACGAUCCGCUACGCUUACGACUUCGAGCACGGCUACCCCAACCUCGAGAUGCCCACGGUUGAGAAGCUUAUUGCCAAUUAUGGUGAUGCCACGAACACGUCCUGGCUUGAUGAUCGGUACCACGUCUGGCGGCAUGAGCCCACGGGAGCCGCAAUUGGCUACGCUGAAGAGAACGGCUACGCUCUCGUGAUGGGCAAUCCCCUGUGUGACCCACGUCAGUACAACAUUGUCAUUCGUGACUUUUUGAAGCACAUGCGCAAGCAAAAGGACCUCCGACCCCUGUGGCUAUUGGUUUCUGCGGAAAUUGAAGAGAUCCUUGGGUCGAAGCUCGGCUGGCGCACGUUGAGCUGCGUGGCCGAAGAGCGUGUCACCAUCGCCGAUGCGAAAAAGGUGGCCAAGAAGGAGCGCCAGGCAGAAGACGCCGGUGUCAUCAUCAAGGAGCAGCCCAUCGACGAGCCCGUCCCCGAGGAGCUGCGCAAGAGGAUCGACAAGAGGAUUGAAGACUGGAAGGCCGGCCGUACGGGUAGACAGGUUCACAUCACCGAGGUCAGACCCUGGGUCGACAUGGAGCACAGGCGCUAUCUCUGGGCCGAGACCAAAGAAGGGGAGAUUGCAGCCUUCUGCGUGCUCCAUAAGUUGUCGCCGCAGAACGGGUACCAGAUCAAGUUUGCUCUGGACUUCCCCGACUCCCCCAACGGCACGAUCGAGGCGCUCAUCUCGGCCUCGAUCCAAAUGUUGGCCAAGGCCGGCAUUCAUCAUGUCACGUUUGGCGCGGGAGCCCUGCCCGAGAUGGUCACUGGUGGAAACCUGGAUGGCAUCCGGGCCAAGAUCCUGAGCAAGACUUACAGGACGGUUGCGCAGCAGCUGAGACUGGUGCAGAAGAGCGAGUUCAGAGAAAAGUUUGGUACGAAGAACGACUUGGUGUAUAUUUGCUAUCCCUUUAUGGGGCUGGGUGUCAGUGGGACGAGAACUUUGAUUAAGUUCUUUGAGGAUGAGAUGUAA